AUGUAUUGUGGUCUUUCUCCUGAGGAUUUGGAAGCUUUGUUGGAUGGGCAGGAUGAGAAUGACAUACUUGAUAUUCAACCACUAAGUGUUGACACUAGUGCACCACCUAAUGCUGAUCAGAACUUUAGUGCACCUGGGACCCAAACUGCUAACAUUAAUCAAGAUGCUGAUAUGAACCAUGAUGCCUCACCUAUUAAGAGAACUAAGCCCAGGAUGUUUUUUGGUCCACGUCCAAAGAUAAGCAAGUCUACAAAAGCUAUGUCUCCAAAUGCUAAAAAGCCAAAGUCUCCACUACCAAAUAUGUCAAAGUAUCCAAUUCAACAUGAGUCUCCAAAGCAAACUAUGAGUGAUCCUGUGAAGGCUAUGAUAAGCAAGAAAAAGAGAGCAACACAUGGUGGGACACCUACAAGGAAAAGCGACCGCUUAAUGACUUUGAAAACCCGUGCUAUAACUGGCUCUGGAAAGGAUUAUGAUGAUCCACUUGUCAUCCAAGAUGAAGACUUUGAAGUUGACAAUGGUGUUGGAAAGACCUCUUGGAAGAAUAUCAAGAAGAAUAUGACUCAGUGAUUUAUAAUAUAUGCAAACUUUUGUUGUUUUGAAGUGA